AGUAUGCUUGGAGUGAAAUCAACUAGCACUUUAGAAGGGAGUGUUAAAAUGUAAACUGCCUAGCAAAUUUCUGAUUAGUUAGUAAUCACUUAGUCAGUUUAUAUUUAGUCUAUUUAAGCCAUUUGUUAGCUGAGCAUCUGUGCUCAUAUGCCAAGUGUAAGUCUUAGGUUUGUCUCUCUUUUCCAGCGGUCCUAAAGCUUUGUAAUGCCAUGUGUCAUAUUCACAUUGGCUUAACCUUCACAACGGUUAGAUUGAAUUUGCUGAUGUAAGAACACGUUUUGGUUAUGAAUGAAUAUUCUCUGCUGCAAGUGCAACGGUUAGGCAGAGGAGUAGUGGUUAUUACCAUUUUUCUAUUUUGCUCAAGCUCUCUCUCAAUUUUUCACUCUUUAGCUCCCUUGACAAUCCAAAUCUCAACAUCUUACACUGAGCGCACUUGACAUUGAUCGUGAUAUAGAUUUAUAUUGCAGCUGGUGAAAUAUAUGGUGCAGAGAGGAGAAUGGCAAGUCUUGCAAAGGCUUAUCCCAAAUUGGUCAGAAAGGAGACACUGUUGGAACCGUCAGACCUUAGGUUCUUUCAAAACCACUCAUCCCAAAUGGCAGCACUGGAUUAUCUUGUCUCAUUGGAGAGCGAUAUUUUUGUUCCCACAUAUGACGGAAACAUGGCUAAAGUGGUUGAAGGCCAUCGCAGGUAGUUUCUGCUGCUGACAGUAAUACUCUUUUGUUUAUAUCAAAACUUUAUGGUAAUUUUGUAAUGCACCUAGUGGUUUUGCUUGGCUUCAAACGAUUGGUUUUGGAAGUCAAACCCCAACCAGUCAUUUGGCAUCCUAAAUCUUGUUUCUUUGAGGAGACGAUGAUUUGUGUACGCUGCUUUGUACCAGUCCGACAUUUUUUAUUGUGAAAGUAUUGCCAGUUUUGGAGCUUUAGUUUAUCACAGGUUCAUUUGUUCGUAAUCCCUGAUAUUUAGGCAGAGAUGUUUUUCAAUGAAUUGAAAGAUGAAGAAGUGGAGUCCUUAAGGAAGAAGUUUGCUGGAAUUCAAGCUAACAGGAAGGAGAGGGAAGAAGCUGAAGCAGUGAAGGUGGCUGCACAACUCAAGAAAACGGAAGUUUCAGCCUAUCUAUUUUCAAGCAGCUUGAGUCCUAAAAUUCUUGAAGGCUUGCUGGGAGCAUGUUUGUCAACACACGAGCAGAUGGAUGAAGUCAGGCAUGAGUGAGCAAGUUUUGUGACCAUUAUGUAGAGUGAUGAAGUUAUGGAACAAGAUAAACAGAAUUUUUUUAAUUGUGAAAAUUGUUGUAGAGUACAUGCAUUGAAUUUUAAUUGUAAAUUGAUAUUGUGGUAUAAAUUAUUAGUGUGAAUUUCCAUUAAUUUUCAUAGUGAAUGAUUCUUUUGGAAUUUUGGUAA